UAAGCUACACAGCUUGGAACUGUUUUCAAUCUUGCAGUAUCCAUUCUCACAAUAAGUACUGCGGUAAUUCAGAAACCAUUUAAAAGCUAUAACUAUAGCUGUAUAAAAAGUUAACAUGUAUUUGAAAAACAUUAUACUAUUAAUCUGCGUGACGCUAUACAUUUCACAAUGUCUGGGUACUCGUAUAUCUAAUGAUCAACGUGAAAUUAUUAGUUACAUAGUCGAGAAAUAUGCAAAUCCAAAUGGCAUAGACAAUGAAGAAAAUGGCGAUCUGAACCUAAUAGGCGUAAAAGAAGUCAUUGAUGAUGUAGAAGUGCAACUCCAAAUAAACAAACCUCUUUCCAGUGUUGAAGAAUUAAAAGUGCUAUUAUCAAGCUAUUUAUUCACAUUUGACGAUGUCAAAAAGUACUUCGCAGAAUACACAGGACAAGUUUUGAAGCCGGGAAGGUCUUUGACUAGAAUUACAGAUCUUUUUAAUUGGUAUGGAAACACAAACGGAAUAAACUUUCAAGUUUUAAAAACCCUUCUUGGCGAAUUAUCUCCGGGUACAAAGUAUAUAAAAGCCGGCGGAUUUCCAUAUCUUCAAUUCCCGAAAACCGCAAUACCGUACAAAACGGAAAUAUCAAUAAACAAGUUUGCUAAUGAGGAAGUUGAGUUCAUCGUCGUUGAUUAUUUUUUCAGUAAAUAGUUGGAUUUAUAUUAUAACUUUUAUUAAAUUUAUCUAUAUAUGAAUAUAUAUUUUUGUA